AUGAAGAACAAGUUUGAUAGCGCGUCAUUAAAGGUGACCACUGCCUUAUGGCCCGCCUUUCUCUAUCCAGGCAACACUGCAGGCGAAGAUUUUGACCCAGAAGACAUUAUUGAAGGGCUUUUUCGUGGAUAUCUUUUGGAGCGGGUUACUAAACUCAUCUUCACCUCUCCAUCAUCUGCACUCAAGGCCAGUGUCUCGAGCGGAACUCGUGCUUGCAAUGCAAAGCUCCAUGGGAUGAAAGAAGUCAGGGCAGAGCAUAUUGCAUAUGCGGCGGUCCAGGUAAGUUUUUCUUUUGCAGAUUUAACUUACUCAGUCUGUAUUUUACAGGCUCGCUUUGCUAUUAGCUCGCUUGAGAAAUGGAAAGACCAUGACGGUCUUUUCUAUUACACUGACUUCUAUACUAGGAUUGUAAAUCUUAUUUUGGGGAGGAAGGACAAGGGGUGGGUCAACUCCCUGCUAGGACAUUAUAAUGAGUAA